AUGGACGCCAGCUUCCUGGUGAACAACUACACAGCGCCGGCCCUCGCAGCGGCCUAUCAAGAUCGCGAAUACACGUUAUGGCUGUGCGCUGAGCUGCUGAGCGAGGGCAAACUGGACGAACUGGAAGCUGUUCUCAAACCUUAUCACGACUUCGCACAGCACGACAUGAACACAUUGAGACAAACACCGCUUGCCAAUGCAUUCGGCAAGCGUCAUCUCGAGCGUAUCCGCAAGCGAUUAAGUCGAUUGCCACGACAGAUCACCAAGGCCUAUUCAGCACGUGCAGCUGUGGUGAUCCCACUUUGCACAUUCGAAGGCGAGCCAUCCGUACUCUUCACAUUACGAUCGCUCACGGUUGGCAAACACAAGGGCGAAGUCUGCUUCCCUGGCGGUAUGGUCGACCCCGAUGACUCGUGUAUCGAAGGCACGUGUCUGCGAGAGAUGAACGAAGAAGUUGGACUGGCGCCAGAGGGCGUCGAUGUCCUCGGUGUGCUGCGCUGUGACUGGUCCAGUGUCACUUCAAUCACUGGCAUUGCCGUCACGCCCGUGGUAGGAUUUAUCGGCGAGAUGAGCGACCGAACUGUAGCCAUAAACGAGGACGAGGUCGAGUCUCUCUUCACAGUUCCAGUGCGUGACUUGAUGAACCAGGACAACUGGAUCCGCCACAGCAACGCCACUCCAGUCUUCACUGGGGGGCCACACGUGAUCUGGGGACUCACAGCUUACCUAUUGGACAUUUGCCUAUCUGAUAUCCUCCAAAUCAGCGACUAA